CUAAAGUACACACGUCUACCCCUUGAUGCCUCCUCCUGGGUUUAAAAGCAGAACUGCAGUGUCCCAAACCACGGCAGACCAGGCUCUUGCACUGAGGACAGCAGCUUCUCUACAGAUUACAACAGUGACUCUGAUCUACCUUCACUAUGUCGGACCCAUCCACUUUCGUCGAAUCUUCUGCCCCUCCCCCUCCUCCCUCCGGACCACGCCCCAGAAUCACCAACAGAGGGCGCACUGCUGGCCCGGCCGCCAACUCAAACUUGGACACUUCUGACAUCCCAGAGUACGAGUACUUUGUGGCGCCCGGGCCUAGAGGGUACCCACCCCUGACCGAGUUUUUGGACAUCGUUGAUGUGGACAUGAAGCAUCUUCCUGAAGGCAAAAACAGGAUCAGUCACAAAACUCACCUCUUUAACCUGAAUGCCCUGGUUGUGAGGCGUGGACAAGAGUUUGAAAUCAAGAUCAUCUUUAAUCGCCCAUACAAGCCCUCAGAGGACAAGUUUGCUGUGGAGUUUGUCAUUGGCUCCAGUCCUCAGUACAGUAAAGGCACAUACAUGCCAGUGUUCACGAGCAAAGACCGGCAGACAUCUUGGAAAGGUCGCAUCACUGAUACAUUUGAAAACACCUUGACCAUGGGCAUAACCCCGGAUCCCAACUGCAUUGUUGGUAAAUACCACAUGUAUGUUGCCGUGGUAACACCCUAUGGCAUCCGCAGAACCAAACGAGAGAAGAGCCGUGACCUCUACAUCUUGUUCAACCCAUGGGCAGCAGAUGACGAGGUGUUUCUGAAUGAUGAGACUGAGAGACAAGAAUGUGUGAUGAACGAGAUGGGAAUCAUUUACCACGGUUCCUAUGAUGACAUUGCAGAGAGGACCUGGAACUUUGGACAGUUUAACUAUGGGGUCUUGGACGCCUGUCUGUACAUUCUGGACCGUUCUCAGAUGCCCAUCACCAACAGAGGAGACGCAGUCAAAGUUGUGCGCCAGGCCUCGGCUAUGCUGAACUCCCGUGAUGACGAGGGGGUGCUGGUGGGGAACUGGAGCGGGGACUACACCUAUGGAGUGGCCCCCACCUCCUGGACUGGGAGCACGGACAUCCUGCUGACCUACGCCAGCAGUCAGCGCUCGGUCUGCUAUGCCCAGUGCUGGGUCUAUGCUGCAGUCUUCAACUCCUUUCUGCGGUGUCUUGGGAUCCCGUCUCGUGUGGUGACCAACUUCUUCUCUGCUCAUGACAACAACGGAAACCUGAAAACUGACAUAAUUCUGGAUGAAAACGGCAGAAUUGACCGCGGACAAACAAAGGACUCAAUCUGGAACUACCAUUGCUGGAACGAGUGCUACAUGGCCAGAAAGGACCUUCCUGCAGGUUUUGGAGGCUGGCAGGUCGUUGAUGCUACACCACAGGAGACCAGUGAUGGCAUGUACAGAUGUGGACCUGCCUCUGUCAAUGCCAUCAAACACGGACAGAUGUGUUACCCCUACGACGCCCCCUUUGUCUUUGCUGAGGUGAACAGCGAUGUAGUUUUCUACAUGCGCGGUAAAGAUGGGACCCUGGAGCCAGUGAAAGUGAACCAUUCUCACGUGGGACGAGGCAUUUUCACCAAAACACCUGGAGAGCUUACUCGCAAAGAAAUCACAGACCAAUACAAGUUUGAAGAAGGCAGCACAGAGGAGCGUACAGUGCUGGAGAAGGCUGAGGAGUUUGGGUGUAAGCGCGAGCAGUCUGACCCUCCUCCCGCUGAUGUCGACCUGGUGCUGCCCUCUGUGGAGCUGGCAGUGGGACAGGAUCUGGAGCUCAGUGUGGAGUUUGUGAACCGCAGCCAACAGCGCCGCACGGUGGACGCAUACGUGAGCGGCAGCGUGGUCUACUACACCGGAGUCACCAGCUCAGAGUUCCUCUUCAGAACUCCCUCUGUCACCAUAGGGCCCAACAAGAGUGUGAAGGAGCUGGUGGACAUUGAGGCUCGGAGCUACAUGAAGCACCUGGUGGAACAGGCUAAUCUCAACUUCAUUGUGACCGGAAAAGUGAAGGAGACUGGGCAGAUUGUCACCGCCAUGAAAGUGGUGACUCUGCACAACCCCAAACUCUUUAUCAAGGUAUCUGGAGUGGCCAGAGUGAGUGAGGAGAUGUUGGCCACGGUGCAGUUCACAAACCCAUUCACCUUUAACCUGGAAGGAAUCUACAUGAGGAUGGAGGGGCCUGGAGCCAUGCUGCCGCGUUUCAGAUACUACAGUCUGCUGACUCCGAACUCGUCUCUGGUUUGGUCAGAGAAGUUCAAUCCGCAGAGAGCUGGGACAACCAGGAUUAUCGCAAGUCUGGACUGUCCCGCGCUCAGGCAGGUCUAUGGAGAGGAGUCCAUCAUUGUGGAGCCAUAGGGAGGUCACAGGACGUGUAAAGUGCAAAUGACAAGUUUUCAGGUUUUUCUCAUUUUUAUUUGGUUUAGAACUUGUAAAUAUUUAUCAUCAGUUAAGUAGCAGUAUGUUGGAAAAGGUUUAAAAAGAAAAGGAUAAAAAUACAGGAAGGAGCUGUGACUUCUAACACAGAAUACCUCUACCUUUGUCACCAAUAACUAAAAUUUCAUCCAAAAUGUCGGGGACAAUUUACGAGCAAGGAACACAUUUUUCUGGUAGUUUAAACCUUUAUUAAACAAAAUAAAGAUGUUGUCAUUUAUUUUUAUUUGUCUAAUCAAUACUACUGCGCAAUUUAGAUAAGCCUUUGUUAACAUUAUCGUUCCUAUGUCACAUCUAUAUUAUAAACUUCACCAACAUUUAAAAACUAGAAAAAACUAGGCAAGCAGGAUGUUAGUAAAAUGUUAAAGGUAUUGAUGCUAACUAUAUUUUAGUGAAAUGAGGAGCCUGACCUGUCAUAUGCACUUUGAAUAAAGGCUUUUAUAUGCAGCCGGGUCACAGUAAACACCUAAUAAUCUUUAUAUUUGCUUCAUAAGAGCUUAUUAUUAGUAAUUCAUGUUUUCUCUUUACGCUAUUAUGGAAAAACAAUAUGAAGUUAUUUAGUAAUGAUAUUUACGCUGUUUUUUUAGACGCAAAUAUUGCAGCAAUAAAUUAGUGUUACUGAAAGACAGCUAAGAACUUUUACUUUUACAGACAAACUUGAAUAUUUUUUUAACUCACAGACAAAAUGAAAAAUGGGGAAACUGUCUGGCUUGAAUAAAAAUGUUUAAUAUUUCAGGAACAAAUACAAAUAUCAACUUCAAUAAAAGAUUAAAGCAUCUUGACUGAUCUGGGUUCUUGGAUUAAUUCUCUGUUUGUCUUUACAAAGAUGUGAGUAUGGUCACUGGUGAAUCUCUAUGAGUUCAGAUGGGCGUGAGGGACAGGUGGAGUAGCCAAUCAACAACAUGCAUGAGGUCUGUUCAUAUUAAAACAAAUAAGGCUGCUUACAAGGAAAAAAAGACAAAAAAAUAUAUCACAAGAGACUGAAUAACCUCGCAGAUUUCUAUAGAAUCAAUGAGCAAAUCACUAAACUCUUGAGUUGAGAGGUGUUUUAUAUUGUUUGUAAAAGAUAAGUGACCAAUGAGCUCCAGUCAGUGAAUAAAGCACAUCAGAUUGCACGAUC